AUGAAAACCAUUGGAAUCUGUAUCCCCACCAUUGAAGGUGGGGUCAUUGCCCACCAAGAAAUUGGACGAGAAGCAGCGCGGCGGGGCAUUGCUUACCCUCAAAUCGUCACCCACACCCCUGUCUACGGUGACCUGGAACAAGCACUCAAGUCUGGUGACAACCAGUCCCUGGUAAAACUGAUAACCGACUCGAUCAAUCGCACCGCCAAAGCUGGCGCGGAGUUCGCCAUAAUCAGUGCCAAUACUCCACACAUCGUUUUUGACGAGAUUGUGGCCCAAUCAGACAUCCCUGUUCUCAGUAUCCUCGAUGUCGCUGCCAAUCACUGCAAAAAGCAAGGAUUUAAGAGCGUUGGAGUUCUAGGCACAACCUGGACUGUCAAAAAUGGUCUCUAUAAUGGUCCACUACAAAAGAGGGGCAUGACUGCGGUCUAUGCGUCUGACACUGACCAGGCAAUCAUCAUGGAUGCAAUUCUACAUGAGUUGAUCAAUGGCAUAUUCCUGGAAAAGACGACAAGCGAUUUGGUGCAAAUUGCUAAGGAGCUUGCUACACGAUGUGAUGGUGUUAUCCUUGGUUGUACCGAGUUGCCGCUUGUUCUCACAGAACAAAACUGCGGGAUCGAGGUUGUCGACACAACACGGCUUCUCUCUCAUGCUGCUCUCGACUUUGCGACCAAAGAUUGA